UGGUACGAGAGGAACAAAAGUUUUUACUCUCUUUUUGAUUAAAAAAACUUUUGAUUUCCUUUUCUACCAAAUUAGCAUGUCCGAUUCCGAGUACAGCAGUGAAGACGACGAAGAUUAUGUACCAGAUGCAGAAAGUGGUAGUGAAGACGAAGAUUUCGAAGGGCAAGGAGAAGCAACUGCACCCAAAGGCAAGGCAUCAAAGGAAGAACAAGUUCAAAAGAGAAAGAGAAAGGGUGGAAUAAAGUUGGAAGAUGAUGAAGUAGAUGAUGAGGAAGAUGAGAAUGAGGAAGAUCGAAGUGAAGAUGAACUUCAAGUUGAAAAUGAGGAAAAAUUAAAACAAAAACAAGAAGAAGAAGAAGAAGCCAAAAAGGCUCGGAUGGAAGAUCUGUGGGCUUCAUUCAAAGAGGAAACGACUAAUGUCAGAGCAAAACCUUCAAACACACCGACUAGUACCAAGGCUGCUUCAUCGAAAUCUGUCAACACAAACCCUGUUAUCACUGAUUCAAAAAGAGAGACAAAUUCCUCCAUUACUCCGGGGAAGAGUCCAUCAACUGCUAAGGUUACCAUCACAAAAACUUAUGAUUUUGCUGGAGAAGCCAUAACGGUUACAAAGACAGUUGAAGCUAAUUCAGCAGAAGCAAGGGAAUCAGCAAAAGAAAAGCAACAACAACAGCAACCACAAAAACAACAACAACAACAAUCAACAAGCUCACCUCUCAGUGUUAACUUCCGUGGAACCAAGAGACCUGGUGGACUUGGAAGUUUGCUGGGACAGCUGGGAAAGAAGCCAAAAAUAAGCACCUUGGAAAAGUCAAAACUUGACUGGGAGACAUUCAAGUCUGAAACUGGAAUUUCUGAUGAAUUGAGGAAUUUCAACAAGAAUGGGUAUCUUGAGAAGCAAGACUUCCUUCAAAGAACAGAUCAUAGAUUAUUUGAGAGAGAAAAAGAGGCCAGAAAUGCUCUGAGGAAAGAACGAUAGAAAUGGCAGACUGGAUAGAAAGCUUUGUGUGAACCUAGGGCUUGAAAUGACAGCCGGCCAGUCACUAGUCAUGAUGACUGGCAAAAUUACUUUUAGCUUAGUUAUACCCAGUUUCUGGCUCAAUGUUACUGGUCAAAAAUGAAUGGCAAGGCAAAGACUUGACCAGACAAGUUCAUAUUCUGGCCAGACAUUUUCCAUUGACUGGCUGCUAUUUCAAGCCCUGGAACCAGUGAACUAUCGUAUGGAAAGUGGUGAAUUUAUUUCAUGCUCUUAUUGUGUUAAUAGAUUUUGAAAUUCAUUGUCAAAAUUGGUUUGAAAGUUACAAGAAAAUAUAUCAUUUUCAGUGAU